AUGCUCGAGGCGAACGUCAGGAAUGAGCUUGACGAAGAGUGGAGUUUCUUGGAGGAGCAUACUGCGUACUUGCACAGUGCACUCAGCUACCGGUUGAGCAAUAAGAAGAAUGGAGCCAAGAGUUCAGCAAGACUAGAAUCUCACUCCGACAAACCCAAGUACGCAUCGCAGUUCCAGGCUGUCAGUUACCUGUGUUUUCCAAGGGUACUGGAUCUUUCGGCAAGCGCCACAACAAGACGCACGUUCUGUGCAGACGCUGCGGCUCCCGCUCUCUCCACGUCCAGAAGCACACUUGCUCCAACUGCGGCUACCCCAGCGCUAGCAUCAGAAAGUAGCCAAACAGUCAACUGGGGCGAGAAGGCCAAGAGAAGANNAAAGACCACCGGUACCGGCCGCAUGCGCUCAUUGAAGCUCGUCUCCCGCAAGUUCAGCAACGGCUUCCGCACCGGCACCCCCAAGGGCGCCCGUGGCCCUACCAACGCCUCCGCCUAA